UACGGACUGCCCCAGAUUGUCCUCUCAGCGGCCGAAAUAUCAUAAUAGAACAGACUUUUAGCAAUGUAACUGACAAAAAAAGGCAAAAAUGACUUGGUUGUGAACACCCAGAGCGCGAUACAUCCAUUCUGACACAGAAAGGCGGUAAUAACUUGGUUGUGAACACCCAGAGCACAAUACAUCCAUGCUGACACAGAAAGGAAGUAAUGACUUGGUUGUGAACACCCAGAGCACAAUACAUCCAUGCUGACACAGAAAAUAAGUAAUGACUUGGUUGUGAACACCCAGAGCAAGAUAUAUCCAUGCUGACACAGAAAGGCAGUAAUGACUAUGCUGUGAACACCCAGAGCACAAUACAUCCAUGCUGACACAGAAAGGCAGUAAUGACUUGGUUGGGAACACCCAGAGCACAAUACAUCCAUGCUGACACAGAAAGGCAGUAAUGUCUUGGCUGUGAACACAGAACACAAUACACCCAUGCUGACACAGAAAGGCAGUAAUGACUUGGCUGUGAACAAAGAGCACAAUACAUCCAUGCUGAAACAGAAAGGCAGUCAUGACUAUGCUGUGAACACCCAGAGCAUGAUAUAUCCAUGCUGACACAGAAAGGCAGUAAUGACUAUGCUGUGAACACCCAGAUCAAGAUAUAUCCAUGCUGACACAGAAAGGCAGUAAUGACUAUGCAGUGAACACCCAGAGCAAGAUAUAUCCAUGCUGACACAGAAAGGCAAUAAUGACUAUGCUGUGAACACCCAAAACACAAUACAUCCAUGCUGACACAGAAAGGCAGUAAUGACUUGGUUGUGAACACCAGGAGCAAGAUACAUCCAUGCUGACACAGAAAGGCAGUAAUGACUUGGCUGUAAACACAGAGCACAAUACACCCAUGCUGACACAGAAAGGCAGUAAUGACUUGGCUGUGAACACAGAACACAUUACACCCAUGCUGACACAGAAAGGCAGUAAUGACUUGGCUGUGAACACAGAGCUUAAUACAUCCAUGCUGACACAGAAAGGCAGUAAUGACUUGGCUGUAAAUACAGAGCACAAUACAUCCAUGCUGACACAGAAAGGCAGUUAUGACUUGGCUGUAAACACAGAGCACAAUACAUCCAUGCUGACACAGAAAGGCAGUUAUGACUUGGUUGUGAACACAGAGCACAAUACAUCCUUGUUGACACAGAAAGGCAGUAAUGACUUGGUUGUGAACACAGAGCACAAUACAUCCUUGUUGACACAGAAAGGCAGUAGUGACUUUGCUGUGAACUCAGAGCACGAUACAUCCAUGCUGACACAGAAAGGCAGUAAUGACUUGGAUGUAAACACCCAGAGCAUGAUACAUCCAUGCUGACACAGAAAGGCAGUUAUGACUUGGCUGUAAACACAGAGCACAAUACAUCCAUGCUGACACAGAAAGGCAGUAAAGACUUGGAUGUAAACACCCAGAGCACAAUGCAUCCAUGCUGACACAGAAAGGCAGUAAUGACUUGGAUGUAAACACCCAGAGCACAAUACAUCCAUGCUGACACAGAAAGGCAGUAAU